AUGCCAUCAGCGAGCACAACGCACUGGCGCCUUGUCUACGCGUCGGUUUCUGCUCCCGCCUCUCGCCUCCUAGGGCUCCUAUUGGCUCGAACCCUUUCGGCUACGCCAUUGGCUCCUACUGCGAGCUUCCGCACGGUCGAGAACGACGGCACCGGGAGCGAUGUGCGUGCAGCUGCACGAGCUACAGUUCGGGGCGCACCGCGCCGCAGGGGCCUCUUCGUCGUAACUCGGGGUCGUCGAAAACGCCUGAAGCCUUCGCUGAUUUCUUUCCCCCUCCAGGGCGCCACUGCUGCUGCUGACGGCGCCUCAGAAGCAUCGAGGAUCGGAGGCAAUGCUGGUGGAGACGCCUUGGAGGGGGGCCCCUCCUCCACGGAUACCGAUAUGCGAGGCUGUUGCGCCUGCGGAUGCGCAGUGUGCGGGGGAGACAGCGAUGAAUAUGCGGCUUCAGGCGUGCCCCCCCCCUUGCAAGAAGGCGACAUUGUGGGGUGCUUUAUUCAUCUUCCAGGAAGGCCUCCGGUGGCGCUGGAGGAUCCUCGAGGCAGAACCAACCUGUGGCCAUUCUUACAGCAAGGUACAUGUGCACCAGCACAAGAGAUGCUGACCUCCGUAUACCCCUUGAAGCACGAUCUUGUCAAGUUCUAUCUCCUGGCUGCGGAUAGCUUGAGCGGCGCAGACGGCACGCAGGAAGGAGCAGAAGAUGGCAAGCAGCAUCCUAAGCGGUUGCGAACACUUGCCGAGGUAGAAGGGAUGAAGGACGAGCCUCAAGAAGGCCCCAUCCCCCUCCAGCAGCAGGGUCCCUUGCGCUUCGUGCCCUUUGAUGAGGAUACCCAUCUCCGUAAACUCAAGGCGGCAGCGCCACAGUUCCCUCCCAGUGCAGCUCCCGUUUCACAGCAGCAGAACUAG